AUGAGCCGUCCACCAAGCAUUCCCUCUCAUGGAGGGCCUCCAGCAUCCUACCAGCCGUACUCCACAUCAUACGGCGAGCAUCACCGCUCACGAGAGCUCAACGAGAGUCAGAACAACACUCGACUACCAAGUCUUCGCACACUUCUCGAGCCCGAGCUACUUGAGAAACCCUCUGAUCAUUCCUUGCGACAAGUCGCACCUCAUGCUACUCAUAAUGGUUCUCCGCCGUACGGGUCAUCUAGUCUGCAUCUGAAGCGGCGCCAUGAUUUCGACAGCUAUGUGCAGAGCCAGUUCGAGCGUAACACAGCAGCAUCUCAUGUGUCGUACGCACACCAGCCACCACCUCCUUUAUCCCACACGCAACAGCAGUCUACGACGCCCUCGACACCAGGCUCCGCAUUCAGUGCUGGCUCACUGGAGCAUCAACGUCAUGGGAGCUCCCAGUCUUUGCACGACAACGCAGCCGGUGUUACUUUUCGCCAAUUGUCAUCUACCUCUGAUGCUAUGACAGUCUUGUCCAGCCGUACUGUGUACGAUGAGACAGAAGAUCCAGCCAGGCCAGUCAGGAGACGCAUUGAUGUACUCUCGCGAGCCCCGGUCCGUGCAUCAAGAUGUAUCGCGCAACGCGAAAUGCCAGGCGAAGGCCUGUGUUACAUCUACGAAGACGGGACCUACUGCAGAGCCAUCAUUGACGGCGAGCCUGUCAACCCAUCGUGGGGUAUUACGAAAGCUGGGAAGCCUCGCAAACGACUAGCUCAGGCAUGCUUGACCUGCCGAGAGAAGAAGAUCAAGUGCGAACCUGGCUAUCCCAAGUGCCACCAAUGCGCCAAGUCUCAGAGAGUCUGCAGAGGGAGUAUGAACCAGCCCAAUCAAACAAGCCCACGCAAUGGAUCGAUGGAGGUAUCACCAUCAGCUCCAGCUGCUACGACUAUCAGAAGCUUUGCAUCUGAGUCUAUGAGUCCUUCGGUUAGCUCAGAAAACGUCAAUCGCAUUGCGGACCUGCGAGAGAACCUUAGAACAGCUGAUGCUCGUCACAACGGACUUCUUUUAAAGGCCCAAGACCCUCUUCCACCACCUCAUGUUGUAGGUGCCCGAGACAUGUCUGUCCAGUCCUACGAGUCUGACUGGAGGGGCUCGGCGAACAGCCGAGAGCACCAGGAUACGAGUGCUAGCUUAUACCAAGAUCACUUUGCGCUGCAAUGGGAGCAAGACCCUAGCGACUUGGACCCCAGGACAACGUACCAUAUUCUGGAGCUGUACUUCGCUCAUGCUGGACGCGCAACCUAUGGCAUGUUCCCCCGCAAAGCGUUUAUGACAUGGGCACAAUCUGGCCAAAGGAAGACUCAGGAUGACCGGAUGCUGUUGUACUCAGUACUCGCAAUGGGCUCACUAUUCUCGCCAGAUGGUGACGAAAGAUCACUUGGGAAGCGCUUCGCUGCCGUUGCUACAUACGCUGCAGAGAAGCGAUUUGGGAAGUUUAGUCUGCAGCUCUGUCAGAGUCGCCUACUUCUCGCACUUUAUUACUUCGCCCAAGGCAAAUCACAGGAAGCAUGGGACUUCUGUGGAAGUGGCCUGCGUGCACUAAGUGCGCUCAAGCUAAACACAGAGGAAGGAGUAAAGGAGUUAGUCGAUGGAGCACCCAAGUUUGAGUACGGCUUUGAUCGUCGGACUUUUGAAGAGUGCUGUCGGCGUACGUUUUGGUCUGGGUUCCUGAUGGAUGUAAGUCUGGACGUGACGCGACUAACUACCACCAUUGACCUAAUACAACAACAGCGUUACAAUGGUUUCUUCGGUGGAACACUGUUCGUUGUUAGCAUCGAGGAUGCUUUCGUGAAGCUCCCGUGCUUGGAGGCUGCCUACGAGUCUGGCACACCUUGCGAUACACCCUUUUUCAACUACGAACUCCUCAACCGCUUCGCACCCAAGACCCCUGUCCUUGGCCACAUGGCGUAUUUGUGUCUCAUAUCUGCCCUCUGGGGCGAUGUGCUGACCUUCACCGGACGUGCAGCUCGUCGCCCUGACACUGGCUACGAGCAACACUACGAGCCAUUCUAUACCAAGACGUACGAACGCUUGGAAGGCUGGCACGCUAUGCUACCCCCGAGCUUGCGCUAUUCUACACAAAACCUUGAGAGAAGCAUCACCGAGGGCACGGUUGGUACCUUCAUGUCGCUGCACGCGCUCUACCACGCCACUAUCAUUCGACUUAAUCGUCAGACUCGCAUCAACGCAAUGCCUACCGACAAGAUCAGUCGCAACAUCGACCAUGCGUUUAAGAACGCAUCGAAUUUCUUGUCCAUCAUGCACAGCUUGGCUCUCGUUAACCGGCAACGGCGCAUCGACACAUCAGAGUACUUCUUCUCUACCCCGUUCCCGGGCUAUGCGCUCAUGCUAUCGAUCGAUGUCCUAUCAGCUGCUGGCACUUCAACGACAUUGCCUAAGCUGAUCGAUACGGUGGACACUACCAUGUCUUGUAUCGAAGAGCUCGCCACUUUUUGGGCGUCAGCGCGCGCACAGCAAAAGGCUAUCUCUAAUCGUCUGCGCCAGCUCGCAGAUAUUGCUAUGGAACACAAGCACGGGGCCAACCACGGCCACUCAGAGCGGCACUGGCGGAUUGGCGAGAGUCUCGACGUAGCAUUCGGAAAGGACGAUGCUAUGUACAGGGCUGACGAGCGAGAGCUCUUUGAUGUUAUUACACAGCGCGCAGGACGCUAG